GAAGUGCUCUGCAGUUCCUUAAAAACUGGGGCGUUGCUCUCUGACUUCUUCAUGGGAUGGACUUUUGUCUUCGUGAGCCCUUGACUUCUACCGCCUGAAGGUCAUCUGGUCUAACUAAUGGAGCCUAUACUUGUGAUAUUUUGGCUCAGGCUGACAGGUCCUUUUACUUGUUACUAGGACCGUAUCUGUCACUUGUCCCCUGCUAUCUGGAAAAUCAGGUCUCCCCAGCUGCUGUGACUCUACCCUGAAGGCUUUCCCAUACCCUUAGGUGUGAGUGGUGGAGUGUGUGUAUUGUGAGGGAGAGGUAGAUAGUGUUUUAUUUGUUUGAGAACCUCGAAGUCCCCAUUCUUGCAUUCUGAGAGUAUUUCUUAGCCAGGACAUUCUGUCUGUUUCCUCUUUCUCUGCAUUUGUGGGAAAGCAGAAACACUAGGCCAGAAUUUGCACUAUACAAGUGGAAAAAAAAAAGAUCUGCUGGACUCCUCUUGUGGGAACCAAAGAUGAGAGCAAUGCGCUGGUAUCUUAUCCGGGCCUUCUCUGGAGUUAUCUUUCUUUUCAUGAGCAUGGUGCUUCUUUCCACAAGGCAUUAUGGCAUGCAGGAGGAGGCAGAUGUCUUCCAAAAGAAUACAGGAAAAACACCAAGUAGAUGGGCACAACAGGAGAUGACCCAGAUGGAUGUGAUGGACCAUGGUAGUCACACAGAGCAAGAAAACAAUAGUCUCUUGGCCCAUGUAGCUCAUUCUACUGUUGGAAGAAGUCUAUUGCUUGAAGAUCUUUUCAUUGCUGUAAAAACAACCCACAAGUUCCACCAGUCCAGGAUGGGAUUGUUACUGGACACUUGGAUAUCUCGGCUGAAAGAACAGACACAUGUCUUCACAGAUAAAGAAGAUGAUGAGCUGCAGGAAAAACUGGGUGAUCAUGUGAUAGUCACAAACUGCUCCGCAGACCACAGCCAUCCAGCACUUUCUUGCAAAAUGGCAGCAGAGUUGGAUGCAUUUUUAGCAAGUGGCCUGAGUUGGUUUUGUCACCUUGAUGAUGAUAACUACCUGAACCCACAGGCUUUGCUGAAUCUCUUGACUUCCUAUUCUCCAGACAAAGAUGUUUAUAUUGGGAAACCAAGCUUGAAUAGACCAAUUCAUGCCUCAGAAACAUUGCCUAACAACCAGACAAAGUCAGUGUAUUUUUGGUUUGCCACUGGAGGUGCUGGGUUCUGUAUCAGCAGGAGGUUGGCCACCAAGAUGGUUCCCUGGGCAAGUGGCAUCAACUUCCUGAUCACAUCAGAGCUCAUUCACCUCCCAGAUGACUGCACUGUAGGUUACAUCAUUGAGUGCAAAUUAACAAGUCGCUUGGUUCCUAGUAACCUGUUUCACUCUCACCUGGAAAACUUGCAUCUUAUACAGAAUCCCCAGCUAACCAAGCAGGUCACGCUCAGCUAUGGCAUUUUUGAGAAAAAGCUCAAUACUAUCAGACUGGCAGGUCCCUUUUCCUCACAAGAAGACCCUUCCAGAUUCCGAUCACUCCAUUGCCUUCUUUAUCCAGAUACAUCUUGGUGCCCACAAUCAGUCAGUCGGUGACAUGUUCUAGGAAGCCCUCACUAUGGGUGAAGAUUUCUCUUAAGACCACAACUCUCUUGAACCUGUGUUCUACAAAGAAUAGGGGGACUAUGAAAUGACUUAGUGCUUACUAUGUUUACUGAUGAUAGACAAGGAGCUGAAGCAACAGAGAAGAGGAUGCAUUUAUGAACAGAAAAAUGUCCUUCAGAUUAUCAUUAUGGCACUUAAUUGUAACUGUCCUGUGAACAGUUCACAUUGUUUCUCUAAUGAAAGCACAUCUCUCUACUAAUCAUUUGUGCAAUUUCAUGUGCAACGCAUAGCUUACCUAUGCUAUUCUUUCUUAAAAACAAACAAUCAAACAAACAA